AUAUAUAAUGCAAUAUUGCCAUGUUAGUACUUAGUAGGUCAAAGAAAUAGACCUACUCUCUAUACAAAGAAGGGAACCAUGGGUGUUCAAUAAUUGGUUUGUUGCGAUGCAAAGGUGGGAGGACAUCCCAACCAUUGACUUUCUCACAACAAUAAACUUAUGGGUUCAGUUUAGAGCUCCGAUGACUCAAUAUCCAAGAGCUGUUACACCACCUCCAAGAGUUAAUAGGCCAUCACUGAAUACUGAAGAAUUAGAAGAUGCGUGUCCAUACUUUCAAUCAUCAAGAUUUCACUUUGACAGGCCAAUUCCACAAUAUCCUUCAAGGCGUCAAUCUUCAGAUGGAUCUAGCAGCUCUUCACAUUCUGUGAAUGAAGCUAUCACACCAGUCUCCAAGCAAUUUGAAGUUGGAGAAAGUUCCAAGAAAGGAGGGAAUCAGAUGCCUCCAAAGAAGCGUUAAAGCACUCUGCAAAUUCUGUCAAACUUUUUGGUAUGUUGUAGGUUCAAGCAAAGGAAACUUUUGGCUCUUGCAGUAUCCUUGUGCAAGAAGAAAACUGCUACUUUUGAUGGUUGUUCUAAGCUUCUGCUUAUGAAUUAGCUUAAUGUCUAAGUUUGUACCUUUAAAUUCUCGUAGUUCUUUAGGGAUUGUCAAUAUUCGUUUGAUAAUCCAAAGUUUGUUAUGUUUCUGCAAAAACUCUUAAGUUAUGUGGUGGAUGUCUCCACUUUUGUACCUUUUUGAAUGCUUAUGAUGAUAUAAAAUGAGACUUAGAGAAAAAAAAAAA